UGUUGUUGUUAUGAAAUUCCGGUCGAAAACAGACUCUCAGCUAACCAGCGCGCUUCUACCGUGUUCCGGUGUGAGAAAAGCUUUUUUGUGCUCUUAAAAGCAUUAAAAUUAUUCUUUAGCUUACUUCACCGCUUUAAAGGGCGAUAUAUAGCGUGAAGCAAGCAAAGAUUUGCUACCGAUCCAGAUCAGGCAGAGGCUGUACUUGAAAAGAACUCCUCAAAAGGUGAGACGGGCUUACGUAGUAGUUUUUCGCUUUAGCUUCAGAUAUGCUACAAUUCGCGAGAGGCGUACACACUGGGCGUGAGCUGAUGGCCCAGCGCUGCUCGAAGCUGAUCGACAGUGUUAUCCGGGUGGACCAUGCCGGGGAACUGGGCGCGAAUCAAAUCUACCGUGGACAGAUGGCAGUUCUUGGACAUACCAAGGCCGGUAAAACCAUCCAACACAUGUGGGAGCAGGAAAAAGCGCACAAGGAAGAGUUCGACCGGCUGAUCAACAAGUACCGGGUACGUCCGACCGCGCUGCUACCGUUCUGGAAUGUGGCCGGUUUUGCACUCGGUGCCGGUACCGCGCUGCUAGGUGAAAAAGCAGCGAUGGCAUGCACGGUUGCGGUCGAAUCGGUCAUCGUCGAGCAUUACAACGACCAGCUGCGGAAGCUGAUGGAUGAUCCGUCCUUUACGGACAAGGAGCUGCUCGAUACGAUUCAGCGGUUCCGUGACGAGGAGCAGGAACAUCACGACACGGGCAUCGAGCAUGGGGCGGAACAGGCCCCGUUCUAUCGGGCGCUCACGGACGUCAUCAAGUUCGGUUGCCGUACGGCGAUCAAGAUAGCGGAAAAGGUUUGAAAACGUGUGCGUGUGUUCCUGGAGAUCCCUUAACCUAGCUUGUCGUGAUAGUUUGAUGCAUUAUUCACAUCGCCAUUUUCUGUCUUUUUUUUAAUAAGCUUUUUGUUUGUAGUAAGAAAAAAAAUCUAUUGAUAAAGACGAGGCUGGAAGUCCGACAACAGUUGCAAUGUAGGAUAUUCCGGCAAAUGUGAACCAACA